AUGCCUGAGAGCAUCCCCCUUCGCAAGGCCCCGAGUACCCGGCGACCUGGUCUCCUCUUUGACUCCGACGACAGACACGGCAGCACCGGACACUCGCGUGGAAGCACCAGAGAUAACUCGCCCUUCACCGAGAUCCCGCACCCUAACCAUAAAGGCUCCAACGUACACUUUGCGGAGCCAGACUCCCCCGAUUCCGACCUCAGCUUCGACGACUGGGAUGAAAGCGCGCCGAGCCACACCCAUACCAUGCCUUCAGACUUACGGCCUGACCUGGACCGCGAGCGGGACGGACGAUCGCUCUCGCCGCUGUUGGGAUCGCACAAGCAUGAUGAUGAGGGAACCGAGAAUGGCGGGCUGAGCAGGAGCACGCAUACGUUUCAUGAGCGGGACCCCGCGAGCCAGGCACAUCUGGAGACGAGGAGGAGGUACACGUACGCGGCGAUCUUUUUGGCGUUAAGUCUAGUAAGCUUCACGGUGCAGACGGAGACGGCCGUGUAUAUUCAGCAUGAACUGAAGUGGGAGAAGCCAUUUUGUAUGCUAUACAUGACCCACGGCUCCUGGAUAAUCCUCUGGCCCAUACAAUUCGCCAUAAUGCGCCUCCAAGACCUCUCCACCCCCUUCCCCGUCUUCUGGCGCCGCCACGUCCAGCUCCUCCGCCAAACCGCCCUCAUGGUCCAACACCAAACGCUGCACCCCUCCGUCCGCCAAUCCCAAACCUCCCCCGUACGCUACAUGCUCCGCAUGACCGCCUUCAUCACCUGCGCUCUCACAGUCGCCGGCGGAAGCUGGUAUCUCGCCGUCAACAUGACCACCGCAAGCGACCUCACCGCCAUCUACAACUGCAGCGCCUUCUUCGCCUACGCCUUCAGCAUCCCGCUGCUCCACGAAAAAGUCCGCAUGAACAAGGUCCUCGCCGUCGCCAUCGCCAUCUUCGGCGUCUUCAUCGUCGCCUACGGCGACACAACCCCCGCGAAACACGGCAACAAAUCCGGGGGCGGCGCCGGCGGAGAAAAAGCGCCCCCCUCGCACGAGGCGGAGAACCGCGCCAUCGGCAACAUGAUCAUUGGCAUUGGGUCUGUCCUCUACGGCUUCUACGAGGUGCUCUACAAGCGACUAGCAUGUCCCCCGGACGGCUGCAGUCCAAACCGCGGCAUGGUCUUCGCCAACACCUUCGGCAGCCUAAUCGGGGCCUUCACCCUCGCCGUCCUAUGGGUCCCCCUCCCCAUCCUCCACUACAUGGGGUGGGAAGAAUUCGAGCUCCCGCACGGAAAGCAAGCGUGGAUGAUGGCCAUCAGCGUGUUCGCUAACGCGACCUUCAGCGGCUCCUUCCUCAUCCUUAUUUCUCUGACUUCUCCCGUGCUGUCCUCUGUUGCGGCCCUUCUUACUAUUUUUAUUGUGGCUAUUGUGGAUCAGUUGUUGCCUCCGCCGCUUAAUUCUCCGCUUACGCCUGCGGCGUUGGUGGGCGGGCUGCUUAUUAUAGGGGCGUUUUGCUUGUUGAGUUGGGCGACGUAUUGGGAGAUGGACGAGGAGAGGAGGAUGAAGCUUGAGGUGGAGAGUGAUGUUGAUGAUUAG